CCCCUAUGCUUCUCUAUGUGAUCCACCCGCAAGGUUGGCUGCCCUGAAAGCUAGCGAGCUGGCAACAAUGUCGACAUCGCCGAACCUCGCCGUGCUCGACGCGCUCGACAAGGCGCGCACACAAUGGUACCACAUUACGGCCAUUGUGAUCGCUGGCAUGGGCUUCUUCACCGAUGCCUAUGACCUCUUCUGCAUCAGCACCGUCUCGAAGCUCCUCGGCCGCCUCUACUACUACGAUAACCAACCCCACAAUGGCAAGCUGAAGCCCGGAAAGCUCCCCCAAAACGUCAACAAUUUCGUCGUCGGGGUCGCCCUCAUCGGCACCCUCACAGGCCAGCUCUUCUUCGGCUGGCUCGGCGACGUCCUCGGCCGCAAGCGUGUCUACGGCGUCACCCUCAUACUCAUGAUCCUCUGCGCUAUCUGCUCCGGCCUCUCAUUCGGAUCCACCCCGAAAGCCGUCAUGGGCACCCUCUGUUUCUUCCGCUUCUGGCUCGGCUUCGGCAUCGGCGGCGACUACCCUCUUUCCGCCACCAUAAUGUCCGAGUACGCCAACAAGAAGACCCGCGGCGCCUUCAUCGCAGCCGUCUUCGCCAUGCAGGGCGUCGGCAUCAUCUUCGCCGGCCUUGUCUCCAUGACCCUCUCCGCCAUCUUCCUCAGCUUCUUUCCGGCUCCACCGUUCUCGUCCGAUCACAUCCGCUCCACCCAGCCGGAGGCCGACUUCCUGUGGCGCAUCGUGCUCAUGCUCGGCGCGAUCCCGGCGCUCAUCACCUACUACUGGCGCAUGAAGAUGCCUGAGACCGCCCGGUACACCGCACUCAUCGCCGGGAACGCGAAGCAGGCUGCGCUCGACAUGGGGAAAGUCCUGGAGAUCGAGAUACAAGCGGAGCAAGAAAAGGUAUCCCAAUUUAAAUCUGCCAACGAGUACCCGUUACUGUCGGGAGAGUUCUUUAGACGUCACGGGCUGCACCUCAUCGGCACGACGAGCACCUGGUUCCUGCUCGACAUCGCAUUCUACAGCCAGAACCUCACCCAGAAGGACAUAUUUCCGGUGAUGCACCUCACAAGCAAGGCGGAGAACGUGAACGCGCUCAAGGAAGUAUUACAGACGUCGAAAGCCAUGUUCAUAGUAGCGCUGUGCGGGACCUUCCCCGGCUACUGGGUCACGGUGCUGUUAAUCGAGAAGAUGGGACGGUAUCUGAUUCAGCUCGUCGGAUUCUUCAUGAUGUCGGCGCUCAUGUUGAUAAUGGGGAUCAAGUACGAGUACCUCAAGGACUCGAACCACAUGCUGUUUGCUACACUCUACGCCCUCACGUUUUUCUUCGCUAAUUUUGGGCCGAACAGCACCACGUUUGUGCUGCCGGCGGAGCUCUUCCCGACUAGGGUGCGGUCGACGUGCCAUGCGCUGAGCGCGGCGGCGGGGAAGGCCGGGGCGAUCGUCGCAGCGUUCGUCGUGCAGGGCUACACGUUGGACGAGGACCCAAAAAAGAUAAAAAGCGCGAUCAUCGCGCUGGCGUUUACAAAUAUGAUUGGGUUCUUCUGCACGUUUUUGGUGACGGAAACCAAGGGGAAGUCCUUAGAAGAGAUCUCCGGGGAGGACGGGAAGUCGGCGGAAGGGAGAGCUUGAUGUUGAUGGGAGACGUACGGCUGGACCUCUCUCGGGUUAAGUUAAUAAAUCGGAUCGCAAUGGCCGUAUAUUGCCUGUCUUAUAUAAUAUAUUUGCACAAUAAUAUUGUUCCUACGAGGGAGUUAAGUAGUCCUGACCUUUAUCUAAAAUAAACUUGCAAAAUAUCGUCCCUUUGUACCGUCUUAUUUGGAUAAAUUUGAACUCGGAUGUAUGGAAAGUGUGUGAAAAAUGAUAUAUGAAACAUUACACAGAUGGAGAAUGGUG